ACACAUUCCUAAAGUAGCCAGAAUGACCAAGAAGAGACGUAAUGGAGGACGUAACAAGAACGGUCGUGGACACGUUAAAUUCCUGAGGUGCACCAACUGUGCCCGUUGCGUUCCCAAGGACAAGGCUAUUAAGAAGUUCAUAAUAAGGAACAUAGUAGAGGCUGCCGCACUGAGAGAUAUCGGGGAACAGAGUGUUUACAAGAGUUAUAUCCUGCCUAAGAUCUACGUCAAAUUGCACUACUGUGUGUCUUGUGCUAUUCACAGUAAAGUAGUAAGGAACAGGUCCAGAGAAAACAGAAGAAUAAGGACCCCACCUGUCCGAGGGCCACCCGGAAGACAGCCCCAGCAACAGCAGAAAACCAACAAUUAAUUCAUGAUGGCUUUUUAAUUUUAUUCUAAGUUGUUCA